AUGGCCGACGCUUGGUCUCCGGGACUGGCGCUUGAUGAUCUGCUGCCGACCCUGCCACCCACCAUCGGUGAUCUGCUGCCGACCCUGCCACCCGCCAUCGGUGAUCUGCUGCCGACCCUGCCACCCAUCAUCGGUGAUCUGCUGCCGACCCUGCCACCCAUCAUCGGUGAUCUGCUGCCGACCCUGCCACUAGCCAUCGGUGAUCUGCUGCCGACCCUGCCACCCGCCAUCGGAGAUCUGCUGCCGACCCUGCCACCCGCCAUCGGUGAUCUGCUGCCGACCCUGCCACCCGCCAUCGGUGAUCUGCUGCCGACCCUGCCACCCACCAUCGGAGAUCUGCUGCCGACCCUGCCACCCACCAUCGGUGAUCUGCUGCCGACGCUGCCACCCACCAUCGGUGAUCUGCUGCCGACCCUGGCACCCGCCAUCGGUGAUCAGCUGCCGACCCUGCCACCCACCAUCGGAGAUCUGCUGCCGACCCUGCCACCCACCAUCGGAGAUCUGCUGCCGACCCUGCCACCCACCAUCGGUGAUCUGCUGCCGACCCUGCCACUAGCCGUCGGUGAUCUGUUGCCGACCCUGCCACCCGCCAUCGGUGAUCUGCUGCCGACCCUGCCACCCACCACCGGCGAUCUGCUGCCGACCCUGCCACCCGCUCGCCCAGACGUGACCUUCUGGUCCCCGGCCGACGCCGACAGCUCGGAGGAGCCGGGCUCGUGA